AUGCUUUUUGAUUCCGAGGCCUGGUCAGCGACAUGGAUCCUCUGCCUUACGGGUAAAACAGUCGUGAUUACUGGUGCCAGUGCUGGUAUGGGACUGGAAGUGACCAAGCAACUGCUAAGAUUUCGUGCUUCCGUGAUUCUUGCUGUCCGUAAUGUCGCGAAGGGUGAGACUUGCGCCACUUCUCUCCGCCAAGACGGCCGCAUCAAAACUCACAACCCGAAGCCGAGCAUUACGGUUAUGGAGCUCGAUAUGGACCGGUACGAAAGCGUGCAAAAAUUCGCGAAGCAACUUCGCGAGGAGGUUGCCGUGGUUCAUAUCCUUAUCCUAAAUGCGGGUAUCAGCUUAUUGAAGCUAGAACGUAGCCCAAGCGGCCAUGAUCGCACUACUCAACUUCUGCCUUAUCUCAAGGAAGGAUCGGACAAGACUGGCUCUCCUGCGCGUAUAAGCUGGGUUGGCAGUCGAGCGCUUGAGAUGACAAGCCUCGAGAAGAAGUCUCCCAUCAAAUCCGAUGAAGGGGUACUUGAACAUAUGGACAAGGCAGACGCAUUUGUGCCAUUCCAGCGUUAUGGUGACUCCAAGCUCCUUUGUGUGUUAUUCAUUUAUAGUCUCGCACCGCGCUUAGAUCCCAAGAAAGUCAUCAUCAACAUGAUGUGCCCUGGCAUGGUUAAUACCAACAUGAGCGAUGUUCUCCCAAUCUACUUAAAGUUCAUUGUGAAUAUGGUUAAAGCGGUGCACGCCAGGCCUGUUGAAGUGGGUGGCUGGAUCAUCCUGAAUAGUGCACUGGUGGUAGGUCCGUUGUCCCAUGGAAAGUUCUUAAUGGAUAAAACAAUCAGCAACCCAACUGCCUUCAUUGAGUCUUCGACAGGCCAGGAGAUUCAGAAGACAUUGUGGAAGGAGAAAAUUGCUGAGAUGAGCAGUUUGACAAUUCUUCCUGCCGAGUUCAAGUAA